AUGGCCAUAAAGAAAACCAAGAAAACCACAGAAUCAAUUAACUCGCGUCUAGCGCUUGUCAUGAAAAGUGGCAAGUACACUCUAGGCUAUAAAUCUACCUUAAAGACUUUACGCCAAGGAAAGGCAAAAUUGAUAAUCAUCUCUGGUAAUUGCCCGCCUUUACGUAAACAUGAACUCGAAUACUAUGCAAUGUUGUCAAAGACUACUGUGCAUCAUUAUUCUGGAAAUAACAUCGAUCUUGGUACAGCAUGCGGCAAAUACUUUCGUGUUGGCGUGUUAAGUAUCACUGAUCCAGGUUUGUAUCAGUAA